AUGGCAGAGUUCGAGGUAUCCAUCCUAGCCCUAUGCCUUCCCCUAUGGUCAUCUGCCUACAACAUGUUAGCAUCUCUCAUUCCAGAUGAGAAGACCGCCGAUGUAUUAUAUCUAUAUGCUCUUUUGUUCUACCUGUUAAUCCCUGUCUCCGCGUACUUGGAUCGUCUUCGUCAACGGUUUCAUCGUCAAAGGAUUCAAAGGGAGAACUUGUUUUACAGGGUGUUGAUUAAUCCGUACAGUUGGGUCGUGCCGGAUAGCGGAGCCUUCUUCAUCUUCAUCCUUGCGUUCUUCACUCCCCACACUUUCCCUCGCUUAAAUCUCAAAAUAUUCUGGAUUUUUGUAUAUUUCGCUUUCAGCAGCUUAUUGUACAUUUAUGGUCUCUUCGAAUCCAAUAAUUGGUUGAAGUGA